GUUUACCAAAUCAGACAUCAUGCCUUGGAUUUUUUUUUUUUUUAGCAGCAUCAUGCCUUGGAUUUUCUCUGUCUUCGUCCCCCAUGGUUUCGACUUUGAACCCAACAACAAUCAAACCGUCAGCAAAAUGCGCCCAUCUUUUUGCCUUGGUCAUCACCAUUAUUUUCCUUCUUGAUUUUUACAUUUUCCACAUCUUGUUUCUACCCAAAUUUCCCUUAUAAAUAACGCCCACCGCUAUUUCACGUUACGUUCUUUCAAUUCUUCUUCGGUUAUUGAAUUUUUGAGUAGAACGCAUUUAAAGCUUUAAUCUUUCUUGGUUUUUUUAUUCGUUUUCUAGGAAGCCAAACAAGGGUUUAAGGUUUUGGCAAUCUGGGUUUUUGUUUUUUUCUUGCGUCGUAUAAAUGGUGGAGUCAAAAGGGAAGAAGACCCAGAGGGGUGAGAGAAAGCAAUGGAGAUGGGCAGUUGCUGCUAUCAUCCCAAUUGUUCUGGCAAUUGCGAUGGCUUCUGCAAUCUUCCCUAAGAUCUCUCUAUUUGGACAAACGAAUAAGUCGUCGUGUGAUUGUUCGCAGGACAAGCACAGGUUUAGCGGGAUAGUGGAAGAUUGUUGUUGUAAUUAUGAAACCGUAGACCAUCUUAAUGAGGAAGUAUUACAUCCGAUUCUCCAGGAACUUGUUAAAACCCCAUUUUUCCGGUACUUCAAGGUUAAGUUGUGGUGUGACUGCCCUUUCUGGCCUGAUGAUGGUAUGUGCCGUUUGAGGGACUGCAGUGUUUGUGAAUGCCCUGAAAGUGAAUUCCCUGAGUCAUUUAAGAAGCCAUUCCACCAUGGACUGCCAUUAGAUGAUGUUGUUUGUCAAGAAGGAAAGCCACAGGCUGCUGUUGACCGCACCUUAGACAAUAAAGCUUUUAGAGGAUGGACAGAAACAGACAAUCCUUGGACAUAUGAUGAUGAGACAGAUAAUGCUGAAAUGAUGUAUGUAAAUCUUCAAUUGAACCCUGAACGUUAUACUGGCUAUACUGGUCCUUCAGCUAGACGGAUAUGGGAUGCUAUUUACUCAGAGAAUUGUCCCAAAUAUCCAUCUGAAGAUUCAUGUCAAGAAGAAAAAUUACUGUACAAAUUGAUUUCCGGUCUACACUCCUCCAUUUCAAUACAUAUAGCUUCUGAUUAUCUACUUGAUGAAGCUACAAACUUGUGGGGCCCUAAUCUCACAUUGUUGUAUGAUCGCGUUUUAAGAUAUCCGGAUCGUGUGAGAAACUUGUACUUCACAUUCCUCUUUGUUCUCCGAGCUGUGACAAAGGCAACAAAUUACUUGGAACAAGCUGAAUAUGAAACUGGCAAUCCCACUGAGGACCUGAAGACUCAGUCCUUUAUAAAACAGCUGCUCUAUAAUCCACAAUUGCAAGCUGCAUGCCCACUCCCAUUUGAUGAAGCAAAAUUGUGGAAAGGACAAAAAGGGCCUGAAUUGAAACAGAAAAUACAAGGACAAUUUAGAAAUAUCAGUGCCUUGAUGGACUGUGUCGGCUGUGAGAAAUGUAGACUUUGGGGAAAGCUUCAGGUUCUUGGUCUUGGAACUGCAUUGAAGAUUCUCUUUUCAGAUGAUGGCCAGGAAAACUUGGCUCAAAUAUUGCAGUUGCAAAGGAAUGAAGUGAUUGCCUUGAUGAAUCUCCUUAAUCGACUGUCAGAGUCUGUUAAUUUUGUUCACCAAAUGGGAUCUGCAGUUGAAAGGCAGUUUUCUUCACCCACUAACGGUAAUAGGCUAUAGAGAUGGAUAUCAACAUCAAUAUGAACAUAGGUCGGACAAUGUUAAAUUUGUGGCAUUUAACCUUUUAUAUUCUGGCUCCUUGGCUGUCAAUGUUCCUAAAUUCUGAGGCCGAGCAUUGAGAUUCUUCAAUUCUUUUCCAGGAAAAUAUUACCAAAUGAUAGAGAAGCCAAUGUAUAAUGUUGAACUGCAAAAUACAACACAGGAAGAUAAAGCAUAGGAAACAGCUGAAUGUUCUCUGAUCAAAUGAGAGUAGAAAGUGCAUGAUUGUUCUUUUGCUUUCUAUGAACAAAAUUGUGAAAAAGGAAAUGAGUAUCAAUGACAGGAG